AUGGAAAAAAUAAAGUGCUUUGGACGUUUUUUACCAGAAUCAGAAUUUGAUAAAUUUAGAGAAAAAGAAAAAUAUUACUUAAGAAAAGAAAAAGUUCUAACAAAAGUUUAUAGUGAAAAUAAAUCAAAUCUAAAAAUUUAUAAUGAUAUAUUUAAAAAAAGAAUUAAAAAUAUAUCUGAUGGAAUAAAUAACUUACUUGUUGUAAUAGAUAAUAAUGAAAAAGAUUUAAAAAUGUUAACAUUAGGUGAUAAUAUUUCUUUAGGAAUUAUGUACUACAUAUUGAAUGAUUUGGUGUAUAACGAGAGUAAUGAUUAUAAAUAUAUUAUAAAAUUUAGUUUUUUUAAGAUAAUAAAAAACUAUAUAAAGGAUUUAUUGAAAAAAUACAUUUAUAUUGAAAAUAAUAUGAUUGAUGUUGAUAAUUGUCUAAAUUAUCUACCUAAAGAAUAUGAUAAAAUAUUUUCUACAGAAAUGAGCCCACUACAUUUUAAUACUCCUACUAACUUUUUAAAUAAUAAUAAAAAUGAAAAUAAAAAUAAUUAUAUUAAAAAUAUAAAAGGAAACUUUAUAAAAAAAGAAACAGAUAAUACUUUACCAUAUGUUAAUGUUGACAAUUUUAUAAAAGAAAAAAAAAUGAAAAAAUAUAAUAGUACUAAAAUUAAAAACACACAUAUAUGGGGAGAAGAUGAAGUUAAAAAAAUAUAUUUAAAUGAUAAAAAUAUAAAGCACAUAUUUGAAUUACUUUGUAAGAAUAAGAAAAAAAAAAAUAGAAAAAAUGUAACAUAUAAAAUUUAUGAGUUCACAAUACAAUCAAUGAAAAAAUGUAACAACGAUAAUAAAAGUAUAAAAAAUAGUUCUAUAAUAAUAAUUGCAGUUAGUAACUUAAAAAAUGUAGAUUCUUUUAAAAAAAAUUUUUUAUAUUACUUUUUUGAAUUCUUCUUAAGAAUAAAGGAAAAUUCUUACAAUAAUAAAAAAAAGAAUUUUUUUGACAUUAAGAAAAAAGCUUUGAUAAUUAAAUAUUUAAAUAGUUUAGUAAAAUUAAAUAAUUAUUCCGAAUCUUUAGAUACUUUAAAUUUAUUUCCUUUUGAGCUGAACUUUUUAUAUAUAUCCAGUAAUUUUUAUAAAUAUAGAAACAUAAAUCAAUUUAUUUAUUCCUAUUUAAAAUAUUUAAAUGGGUCAAAAUAUUUUUUAAAACCAAAUAUAAUAAUGUAUUUAGAUAGUGAAUUCUAUAAAAUAAGAGAAACUGUAUAUAUGUUUAAGAGCUUGUUAAAUUAUUACGAUAAGCUUAAAUUAUCAAAUAAAGACAUUAAUAGAAAAUAUUUCAAUCUUAUGAAUUAUUUAAUAAAUUUAGAGUCAUCAAUUAUUAAUAUUAAAAAUAAGAAAAUGUCUGAUUUUACAGAAAAUAAUAUCAAUCACAUUUUAAAUAUAUAUCAUAACUUGUCUGAAACAAAUGAUUAUGUAAAUAUAGAAAGAAAUUCUUUAUUUGGUGUAAAAAAAAACAUUAUUAUUCUAGAUAAGGAAAAAAGAAAUAUAAAUAAAAAUAAUGAUGUUAAAAUAUCACAUAAUAAUAAUUUUAAAAAAUAUAAUAAAAAUAUAAAAAAAAUUAGUGAAUAUAAUAAGGAAAUUGAAACACUUGAUGGUUUUAAUAAUUCUUUAUCAAAUUCAAAUAUCGAGAAAUAUAAAAUACAUAUAAAUUUAAAGAAUGAUAAUUAUGUAAAUUUUAAUAACAAUAAAAAUAUUAAUCUAGAAAAUAAAAAAAUUGAUUUACAAAUGAAAUUAUUCUGUAAAAAUAGUAAGACUAAUGAAACGUGUUUCGAUGAUCUAACAGCUAGAAGUAAUAAAAUCAAAAAUAAAAAAUUAAUAAAGAAAAAAGAUAAUUACUUCAAAAAUAUUAUGAAUAAUGAUGAUUCUUAUAUAAAUAAAAUGAAAAAUGUUAAAAUUGAUUCAGUAAAAAGAAAUAAAAAAACAUAUAAUAUAAAUAAUAUGAUAAAAUAUAAAAAAAUAAAAGAUGCAUAUUCAUCUAUUGAAAAUAGUAAUUUUAUAGAUAAUGGAAAUAAAAGUUCAUUAAAAUGUAAACUAAAAGUAAGUGUUCAUAACGAUGAGAAUUUAAAAAACGAUCUUUCAAAUAUUGAAGACUAUAAAAUAAAUCUAUACUAUAAUAAAAGAGAAUUCGAAGAAAAAGAUAAAAAAGAAAAAAAAAAUACAAUGUUAAAAAAGAAAUUAAUUUGUAGAAAUGAUAAUUUAAAAAAUAGAAAUAUAUUCAAUAGUACUAUGAAUAAUGAAAAUUAUGAUAAAUUUAUUAAUGGAAAACAAGAAAAUAAAAAAUUUAUUUUUAAUAAUAACCUUGGUAUAAUAUGUUCACAAGAGUCUAUUAGUUCAUCAGAGGAAGAAAAUAAAAAAAAAUUUUUAAACAAUAUAAAAAAAAAUAAUAAAAUUUUAAAAAAAAUAUCUAUAUUAGAUACUAAAAAAAAAAAGAUGGAUAAAAGGGCCAAAAUUUUAUUUGAAGAAGUGGAUAAAUGCUUAGAUGAAAAAUAUUAUAAAAAAAGUAUAGAUGAUGAAAAAUAUAAAAUGCUAUUAAAAGAAAAAGAAAGAAGAGAUUAUCAAAAUAAGAUUAUAGAAGAAAAAAAAAUAGAAAAAAAUGUGAAAAAAAAAAAGGAAGCAGAAAAUGAUAUUCAAAAUCUAGGACAGAAAUUAUUACAAGAAUAUGGACAAAAGAAAGAAAAAGAGAAAAUAAAAAAAAAAUGUAAUACUGAUAAAAAAAUUAUAGAAAAUACAAAAAAAAAAAAAAAAAUUAGUUAUCCUUUGAAUUUUCUAGAGAACAAUAAUUUUGAAAAUAAAGUACAUAGUAAAAAGGAACGCAAAGUGAGCAAAAUUUUAAAUAUUGAUGAAAAUAAUAAAAUUAAUUCAUCACAAGAUAAAAAAUGUGCAUAUGAAGAAAACAAAAGUUCACAUAGAUAUUUAACUUGUUCUAAUCUAUAUAAAAAAAAAGAAGAUGGAAAAUGUAAUUCUAAAAAAUGUUCACCAAAUUUUUAUGUCAUACCUAGUACAUUAGACAGAGGUAUAAAAUAUUCUACGAAUGAUUAUUCUAAAGAUGAAACUAAAAAUAAUUAUAAUAAUUCAUAUUAUGAUAUUAAUGAAUCAUUAAAAGAAAAUAAUAAUAAUCACGAUAAAAAAAAAAGCAAAUAUUACAAUAAAACAUUAGAAGACAACAUAAGUAAUAGUUUUAAAAAUUCAAAUACAAAUGAUUACACAAAAAGUUUAAAUUUAUUUUCUCAUCAAAACAAAUCUGAUAAAUCUAAUCAUAAUAAUUCCUUUUUUUUAAAUUCAGAAAUUAUAAUUUCAGACGAUGAAUAUGAAGAAACAAAAAAAAGUCAAACAAAUAUAAAAAAUAAAGAUUGUACAAAUUAUAAUAAAUAUGAAGAUAUAAAUAUUACUGAUAAAUAUAAAGGUGAAAACAAAAAGUUUCCAAUUAUUAAUAAGAAUAUAAAAAAGAAAAACAAUUUAAAUGAAAGCAUUAUAGAAGUAUGUAAAGAACAAAUACAUUUGCACAAUUCUAAUGAAAGUGCAUUUUCAUUUUCAUCAAAAAAUAAAAAAGAAUCUUGUAUAAAAAAUGAUUAUACAUCAAAUACUCAAAAAGUGAACGAAGAAAUAGUGGAUAGGUAUAAUUUGUGUAGUUUAAAUAGUAAAUCCUCAUCUGAGGAACAUCUAAAAAAAGUAAGUAACAAUAAUUAUACAAAAGAAUUUGAAAAAGAAAAACAAGAAUGCAAAAAUGAAAAUAAAGAUUUAAAUAACAAAAUAAGUAGUUCAAACAUAUUACAUAAAUCUUCAAUGAACCAUAAUAAUAGUAGUAUUGAAUUUCGUACAAAAGCAAUUAACAAAAAUAUAUUACAUUAUCAUAAAAAUAUUAAAAAAUUAAUAAAAAAUCAUAUGAAAUUGCUAAAAAAAAAACAUAGAGAAGAUAAUAAAGAUUUAAUACUUUUAAAAAAGAUAAAAUUCGCAAAGAAUAUUUUAAAUGAAUAUACAAAAUUAUUGAAUACCGAUUGUAAUAAUAAAACUGAUAAGUUUUUGUUACACUAUAUUCUUAAGGAUAGCAGUAAAGAAGGAGAAAUAGGAGAAAUAGAAGAAAUAGAAGAAAUAAAUCCAUUAAAAAUUAAGGAAAGUAAUGAUAAUAAUAAUAAUAAUAAUAAUAUGAAUUAUACUGAUAACAUUAAUAAUAAUAAUUGUAAUAGUAAUAAUAAUAAUAAUAAUAUUAAUUAUACUGAUAACAGUAAUAGUAAUAAUUGUAAUAGUAAUGAUAACAAUAGUAAUAAAAAUAAUGGAAAUAAUAAUAAUGUUAAUAACAAUGAUGACGAUAAUAAUAAUAAUUUAAAAAGUCAGUCAGUGGAAAUAUCUUCAUAUAGGUUAUAUGAUGACUGUAAUUAUUUAAUGAAAAAGUCUAAUAUGUUUAAAGAUUUAAGAGAUAAAAAAAUUGAAAAAUCUCCAUAUAUAACAGAACAGAAUAUUAAUAAAGACAUAAACAAAAGUCACAAUAAUAUAAUGAUGAAAAAUACAGAAAAUUUAAAUAGAGAUGUUGAAGACUGUAAAAAUAAAAUAAGAAAUGAAAAAGAAAAAUUUAUUUAUAAUUUGUAUGAAACAUAUUCUAAUGAAAACAUAAAAAAUAAUGACAGCAGUAGAAAUUAUAAUAAUUCAUUUUUAAAAGAAAAAAAUGAUCUUUUUGAAAAUAUAAAAGAAAAUAAUUCUGAUUUUUUAAACAAUGAAGAAAGAAAAAAUGAAUAUUAUACAAAAGAAAAUAAAAUAGAUGAUUCAAAAUAUAGUCGUUAUUCUAAACUAAAAAGCGAAAAUAACAAUAAAAUUAAUUAUGAUGAAAAUAAGAAUGAUCACAAUUAUAGUAAUAUAAAAAGUUGCUAUAACUAUAAUAAUAGUCCUAAUAAAAUUAACAGUGUUUUUGAUAAAAGUUAUUGCAAUUAUAAAAACACGAAAAGUGAAUUUGAAGAUAAUUUAUUAAAUAAAAUAUAUUUAAAAAGUAAAAAUUACAAAUCCCCCAAAAAUUUAAGUAAUACAAAAACAUAUGCUAAAAAUAAAAAUUGUAACACCUGUACUUAUUUAUAUAAUGAAAUUCCUAUAACUUAUGAAUGUCUAGAAAAAGAUGAAAGUAUUUCUUCUAAUGAGACAAGUUUUUAUUUUAAAAAAAAAAUUAUCCAAGAGAGUAAAGAAAAUAUAAUGCAUAAUGCAAAUCUUGAUAAAAAAGGAAGUCAUUAUAAAAAGUUAAUACAUAAAAACAAAACGUAUAGUAGUUCAUAUGACCAUUCUCUAGAUUCACAUGAUAGAAUGAAAAGUUUUCCUUAUUUUGGUAGUGAAGAAAUACAGCAUAUAAAUAAAAAAGUUUUAUGUAGGAAUUUAAAAGAUACCAGAGAUAUAAACAAUAGAUGCAGUACAAAAAAAAAAAAAUUGAAAAAAAGUCAUCUUACAUAUAAUAUAAAAAAAAGAGAUUUAAAAUUAAAUGAAAGUGAAAAUAGUAAGGAUUCAUUUUAUCCUAGAGAAUAUGAUAAAAUUUUUAACUAUGAAAUUAAAAAUUUAAUAAAACAAAAAAGAAAAAUAUUUGAUGAAAUAAAAAAUAAAAAAGAACUGUUCAAAAUAUCCAUAAAAAAAGAGGAAGAAAAACUAAGUGAAAUUCAGCGUAAAAAGGAAAAAUUAAGUAAUUUUUUAAAAAAUGAAUCAAAAAAAUGCAAAGAACAUAAAGAAAAAGUAGCAAGAACUAAAUAUAUACUUCUGAAGAUACAAUAUUUGGAAAAACAAAAAAAAAAAAAAUUAAAAGAAAUUAAAUUUGAACUUGAAAAAAUAAUUUUUUUGAAAAAAUAUAUAUAUAAAUAUUUAAAAAAAGAAAAUAAUUUUAAAGUUGAAAAUAAUACAAAAAAUAAACAAAACAAAAAUUCGUCUGUCUCAUCUUUGAGUUGUACAAAUGAAAAUGAAAAUAUUAAGGAAAACAAAAAUGAUUUCUAUAAAACAUAUAGUUCCAAUUUCAAUAAAAUAAAUAAAAAUGACGAAAUAAGAAAAAAGAAAAUUAAUAAUGCAAAUAUCGAAAAUGAACAGAUACAGGAUGACAAUAUGAUAAAAAAAAAAAUUCAUAAAAUUGAAAAGGAAAAAAAUAAAAGCACUGAAUCUCUUACAGAAAUAUGUGAAGACAAUGUAGAAAAAAUUUUUGAAAGGCAGCUACGUAUAAAUAAAAAAAAAAAGUGUGUACAGUUGUUGAGCGAAAAUAAUGAAAAAGAAAAAAAAAAAAAUGUUGCACAAGACGCUGUUGAUAUUCCAAUAAACAUAAAUUUAAAAAAAGAAUAUAUUGGUAAUAAUUAUUAUAUAAAUGAUGAAAAUAAUAAAAUUAAAGAUUCAAGUAUUUUUUCAGAAAUUCCUGAAACUUUUCAGAAAAGAAAAAAAAAUACAAAUAUAUCAGCUAACAUAGAUGGUAAAAGAGAAUUUUCAUUGAUAUGUUCUGAUGAAAAUUUAAAUGAAAUUGAUUUUCAUGAAAAAAAUUCUAGCAAAAAUACGUUUCAAGAUAGUAUUAUUGAAAAUAAUCAUAAAAUAAAAAUAAAUAACAUUGAUUUAUGUGAAAACUAUUUAAAAAAAAAAAAUAAAAUAAAUAAUACAAAUAAAAAAUUUAUACGAGUUAAUGUGCAAAAAAAAUCUUUAGCAUCUUUUAAAAAUUUUGAUGAUACAUUGAAUAUUAAAGAUAACUCUGAUUACUAUUGUAAAUUAUACCCAAGUGAAAUAAAUAAAAAAAAAAAAGACAAUAUAUAUGAUUGCAUAGACCUAAAAAGUAGAAACUUUAAUGAAAAUAUUUGUAGAGCAUGUGAUUACUCUUGUCAUGAAAAAAACAUCAAAAAUGAAAAUAAGAAAAAUAUAAAAUUAGCAUGCAAAAAUUGUAAAAACAGUAACUUACCAAACAAUUCGACUGAUUCUAUAAAUAAACUAACUAACUCAUCAAAUAAUAUAUACAUCAAUAAAGAGAUAAUUUGUGAUCAUAUAUACGAAAAAGAAAAGAAUCUGAAUAAUUUCUCGGAUAAAUCAAAUAGUAUAUAUAUCAAUAAAGAGAUAACUUGUGAUCAUAUAUACGAAAAAGAAAAGAAUCUGAAUAAUUUCUCUGAUAAAUUAUACGAUAAAUCAUCUAUUAUCAAAAAUAGAAGUAUACGUAACUCAGGUAAUAAGAAGAAAAAUAAAUUAAUAAUAAAUAAAUCAAAGCAACACAUAUUACCCACUUCUAAUUAUUCUCGUGAUCAGAAAUUAAAUAAAUUAGCAUUUGAAGAAAAUGCUAAAAAUAUUAAAAAUUUUAAAGUAGAACCAGAGAUUUGCAAAAAAAGAAAUAAAAUAAAUAAAAAUACAAAAAAUUCUAUUAAUGAAAAAUCAGAAAACAAAAUAGGGGAUAUAAAUAUUAACAUAAAAGAAUUAAUUAAAAACAAAAAGGAAAGAAAGAAUUUUUCAGAUACCACAAGUUAUAUAGAAAAUAAAAAGAGAGAAAAAAAAAAAAUAAAAAAGUUAAAAAAAAAGUCUUUAUCAGAAAUUCCACAUAAUAUACUAGUCAAUAUUAAUAUUCCAAAUAAAAAAAUGAAUUCAUUAAAAGAAAAUUAUUCACAUAGAAAAGGUUCUUUUAUUAAAACUAAUAAAAAAAUAAAUAUGCCAUUAGAAUACUCUUCAAGUAAUAAUUAUCAAAAUUAUAAUUUAAAACCUACAUAUAGACAAACCAGUUUUUGCCAACCUUCAAAUAUUUAUUAUGAAAAUGUAACAAAGUCGGAUAAUGAAAGUAUUAUGCAUAUAAAUAGAAGUAAUGGAACUAAUUUUAAUUAUAAAAAUGUAAAUUUUAAUGAAAAUAAAUACUAUAAAAAUAAUAAUAAUUUUUUUCAUCCGAAAAACUCAGUACGACAUGAAAUAGUAAGUAGAGAUAGUAAACUGAUUCCAACAAAUAAUGAAAAUGCAUAUUUUAAAAAGAUAAUUAAUAAUAAAAAUGAAAAUUUUGAUCAUAUUUCAAUUAAAACUACUAUAAAUAGACCUAAAGAAGCAACAAUACCUUGCAUUGAUUAUGACACAAAUAAAUAUAAAUUUAAAUUAGGAUGGUGGAAUUUUGGAGAAGAUUCUAAGUUUUUAUCGAAAAUUGAAAAUUAUAAAAAAAAUGUAAAAGAAAAAUAUUACAAAAAUAGAAAGGAAUGUAAAAAUCGAUCAUUAACUGUUGCAACAAGUAAAUAUUUUACAAAAUUUUUACCAAACGAAUAUUUUUAUAUUCCUAUAACAAAUAAAAAUUAUUUUAAAAGUAAAAAUUCUUUAAGUGUAAAAAGUAAUCCCGUUAGUGAUUUUCACAAAUUAAAUUUAAAGCCUUUAACAGGAUUUCUACAAUCAUAUAAAAAAGAAAAAGAAAAAAAAGAUGAACCACGACGGGCAGUAAUAAAAGUAUCAAAAAUUCCAUACGAUAUAAAAGAUUAUAAGCAUAUAUACGAAAAUAAACAUAAAAGUAAACAAGGGUUAAGCAUAGGAAAGGUGGAUGUUAUUAUUUCAGAUGGUGAAGGAUCUAAUUUAAAUCAUACAUCGGGUUUUUUUGCUUCAAUGUCUAAAAAAAAUGAUAAUGAUAAUGAAAAUAAAUCUAAAGGUAUUUUAUUUAAAUGUAGAAGAAAAUUAAAUGACAAAAUUUCAAAUAAUAAUACAAAAAAGAGUAAAAACAAAAAAAAUGAAAUUCAAGUGAAAUUAAAUAAUGCUCUAUAUGAUAAAAAUAAAGAAAGAUACAAUAUAAAUAAUUGUAUAAAAUUAUCUGAAAAAUAUGAACAUUCUAGUAACAGAUCAGAAAUAGAAUCGGAGGAUAACAAUGAUUUAAAUAAAAAAAAAACUAGAAAAACUGUAGUUACAGUAAAAAAAUAUAGAAUAUCUUCAAGUGAUUCAAAAUUUUCAAAUGAAAUAAAUAAAAAUAACGGAAACAAAGAAAAUUUAAAAUAUUUUGGUAAAAAAAUGAAAAAUACAAAUAUAGAAGAACCUAUAAAAAAAUAUAAAAUUAAAUUUAAAGCAAAAAAAAAGGAAAACUGUAAUAAUGAGGAAACAAGCAAUUUUAGUUCAUCAUCUUAUAAAAAUAGUUGGAGCACUCAAUAUGAAGAGUCAUAUAAUAAAUAUAAUAAUAAUUCAUAUAGUAUAUCAUCAAUAAGUAGUAAAAAUGAAUUAAGUGAAAAUGAAACUUAUGAAAAUAAGUAUGCAAACAAAUAUUCUAAAAGUAUUUCUGAUAAUAAUAAUAAUAAUAGUGAAACAAAUAAUAGAAAAAAUAGUAUUAUAGACGGAAACUUUGUUAAACUAAAUUAUAAAAAUGGAAAUUUAAAGAAAAAAAAAGAUUAUUUUGAUUAUGAUAGUGCAUAUGAUGAAAAUUAUUCAAAUUCUUACGAAGAGAAAUGUUUUAAUAAUGAAAACAUAUAUAACAAUUAUAAUAAGAAAAAUAUGAAUAAUAAUAAUAAUAAUAAUAAUAAUAAUAAUAAUAAUAAUAAUAAUAAUAAUAAUAAUAAUAAUAAUAAUAAUAAUAAUAAUAAUUAUAAUAAGAAGAAUAUGAAUAAUAAUAAUAAUAAUUUAAAGAUUAAUUACUCAAAAAAAAAAUGUGAUAACAGUAUAAAUAAAAAUUCAAAAAAUUAUUCAGACGAAUAUAAUUCAGAAGAUAAUAUAAAAGAAAAUUAUUUAAAUGUAAGUAGCUCAAACCAAAAUAAUAUAAGUGAAAAUGAUUUUUAUCGGAAAAUCGAAAAAGAAAGAUGUGAUUAUAACCAUUCCCAGUCUAAUAAUAAUUUUAAUAAUAAAAAUUAUCAAGCACCAAGUAAAAACAUUCAAUAUAAUGAUUCACCAGAUAGCAAGUACUAUAAUGAUUACUUAGAAAAGGAAUAUGAUGAAAACUUCUAUGAUAAUUAUUAA